GGUAAGAUGUAAGCACUGAGUAUAAACCGCACUUUGGUUUUAACUGAUUUAUUUGAUGUAGGUGUACAAGAACUACUUCACAAUUAUCACUGAUCGAGACUCGAGACAAUAGAUUCGGAAUAGAGCGAACUCGUUUUCGAUAUACCUCGCUAGAUCGCUUACCGCGGAUAUCUGAGCGACAGCCGUUGCUCAGCUGAUUUCGGUUAGGAGCGGGGAACGUGCGGUGAGGAGAGCGUGUUGUGACGAAAAAGUGAGUCCGCGGCUAGAAGAUUUCAGACAGGACGGAUCGAACGGGAACGAUAAUAUAAUAUAAUAGCUAACGCGAAUUGAACGAAAUCGAUAUGCAGAAGCGAACACGUCGCAUAAAGUGCUACGGCAAUGUACGUGCGCUGGCCCUAACCUAAUAUGCGCAAAAAUGCGGGGCGAGAAAAGGUUAACCUCCAAAAUUCGCCGUCAAAACUUUAUCUUGGUGUUCGAAUUACGUACGAGAGGUUAGGUUUGACGUCGCGGUAUCGUCCGGUGCGCCUAAUGAAGAGAGAGAGAGAGAGAGAGAUAGUUGCCGUCCUGGAGUUUUGCGUCGUUUUUCGCGCGCUUGCUGGCUGUCGCUCGAGUGCGUGCCGAGAAGUUCGACGAACGCGGGGAAAACGCUAUCGUCGAGGAUGCCGCUGCACCGGUACACGCACGCGAUCCUGUGCAGGAUCCCGCUGUCGCUACGUACGCGAGGCGAGGUAACGUUGGACGAGGCCAGAACGCAGCACUUGGCUCUGGCGCAGCUACUGCGGGAGCUCGACAUCGACGUCGUCGAAAUGCCGCCCGACGAGAACUCGCCGCUCUGCGUCUUCGUCGAGGACAUCGCCGUCGUCUGCAACGGCAUCGCCCUGAUCGCCCGACCGAGCGAGCCGUCACGUCUCAAGGAGCUUGACACCAUCAGAGCUGUUUUUAAGAAAGAGCUGGAGAUACCACUCAUAGAAAUCAGCGAUAAGAAUGCUCGCUUGGAUGGCGGGGACGUCCUUUUCACUGGUAGAGAAUUCUUUGUUGGACUGUCCCACUUUACAAACGAGGCAGGAGCGCGAGCGGUCGCUGCAGCGUUUCCGGAAUAUCCGUGUGUACCUAUCAAGGUGGGUGAUGGUGGCGAAGAGGUGAUAGUGGAGAGUCUUACCUCAGCCCCUCUUCAGGUAGCCGAAUCCAAACGCUUGAAAUCACUGGUUACGAUGGCCGGUCCGGAUGUUAUAUGUGUAGGAGCCGGGAAAGAAUCUCAAGAAGUUCUCAAGAGAAUCGAACGUGAGGCGACAUACAAUUAUCAAACGUUGACUGUGCCCGAAGAUGUAGCCGCCAAUGUGCUCUACGUGAACGGUACGCUGAUUCAUCGAUCGGAGCAUGAAAUCCCGCAGUCGAGUAAGGUCUUCGCCGAGAAGGUAGAGUUCCCGACCAGAUCACUGCGUAUGUCUGAAUUGGCGAAAGUUAGCUCCGGUCUGUCGUCCUGUUGCCUAUUGGUGCGUAGACCGCGGCAUAUCCGUAGCAUUUAAAUGAGAAAGAAGAUCAUAUUUCGCGAUCGCUAUCGCGAUACAUGCCUCCCACUGUUGAUACCAGUGCUAUCCGCAGACACGAAGUGUAAAACCGAGUUUUCUGUCCAAGUCUGCGGAGGAAUACGACAGAAAUGCAAUGCAUGACGACGACACUACUGUCGUCCCGAUUUUGAUAAGUAUUUUUUAACUAAUUUAAAGAUUUAACGUAUUAUUUUGCGCAUUUUGCAAGCUACAGAUUAGUAUUCAAAGAGAUUAAUAUAUAUAUAUAUAUAACUAUAUAUAUAUAAUUUUUAUAUAUUUAGAAAGUAGAAAUAAUAUAUUCAGAGUUUAUAUAUUAAUUUCCUUUAUAUCUAUGCUUUUUCGCAAGAGAAAAGAUCUAUACUUGCCAUUUAUUUCAAUUUUUUGUUUUAUAUAUAUAUAUAUAUAUAUAUAUAUAUAUAUAUGUAUGUAUAUAUACUUUAUUACUUUUACUUUUUCGACUGCAGCUAUUGAUAUCUAUUUAGACGACUUCAUAAGUACUAGCAUUUCCUCGCAUUUUUCCCUAUUUAUUUCUUACUUUAUGCAGCUGUUUUUUUUUCUGCAAUAUUCCAAAAAGUAUACUGUAACGUAAGACUAUAUACAUCGCAUAGUCCUCGACAUAAUUAAACUUUACAAGUAUAAUACCACAUUGAUAUGGCACAAAUUUGAUUUUAUAUGGAGAGUUGGAAUAUUGAUCUUCGUUGCAAAAUUGAAGUUAACUUGCAAUCGAAGCUAGGAAUGUUAAUAUCUACGUGACACUCGAUCCUUUGGAGGCCACGACGUGAUCUAUACGAUUCAUAAAAAUUAGGUAUGACUACAGAUUGUCAGUAUUCUAACUCCUAUGAAUCUACAACUAGUCUGAGACGUGUUCACAUUGAGACAUUCAGAUAAAAAUAUCACUCUAUCACCUAAUAAUGUAUCGCAAAGUUAUACGAUAUGUAAAAGCACUGAUAUAGUUGUUAUGGUAUCGCAUUAUAAUGAAGUUAGUAAAUUAAAAGUUUAAACCAGAAAAAUCAACAUCGACAUUUCUGCAUAGCGAAAUUUAGCACGACGUAGAAGACAUUGCGCAACAAUUGCUUCAACUAUUCUUAGAUCCGUGAUACCGCCAAUGGUAUCAAUCGCGGCGUAGUCGAAGAUAUAUGAAAUAGGACUGCGCUACUCUUUAACACUACACGAGCGUUGCUGUGACAAUUUAGCAUUUUAUACAACAACGUAACGUUUAAGUAAUCCGGUUAGUGCGUAUCUGUAACGCUUUUACAUUUUUCGUAUGCGUUCCCUGUCUUAACUUAAACGUUAACAAUUUCUUUUUAUACUAUCUCCCACGAUGAAAUCUAGUGCUUUUAUAAUAAAUACAUCAAGAUUGUAAAACGCAUAAAAGGUAGGCGGAUCUUUGAAUCCAGUCAAUUAUGCAGUAUUUACAGAAUUUACGUUCUUUAUUCGAAGAUUGUCGAAAGUCUAUACAAGCCCAUAUAAAGAAAUAUAUUAUAGAACUUUUUACAAAAA